GGUCAAUGCAAUGAACUACAAGACCCAAAUAUGACUAAGGAUAAACUCUCUCCAUGGAACUCCUCAACCUUUGGUCAGCUCAUUACUCUAACUGCUGUCAGCUCUGUAACAGCAAUGGCAAUAUCUCCUUGGGGAAGAGAUGUUGCCCUUGCUGGUAGACAGGGCCUCUAUAUAAUUGAUUUAGAUGAUCCCUUUCACUCGCCCAGAAUGAUUCCUCAUUUGACUCCCUGGGAAGUUGCUGAUAUUCAAUGGUGUCCUCAUCCUGCCAAUUCAUCAUGGGUGGUCUCCACAUCUAAUCAAAAGGCCAUUAUUUGGGAUUUAAAUAAACCUUCUGACUCUCCAGAUGCUCAUAAGCAUGUUUUGCAUGGUCAUUCUAGAGCCAUUACAGAUAUAAAUUUUCACACCAAAAAUCCCAACAUGCUUGCAACCUGCUCGGUAGACAGUUAUGUUUUAAUUUGGGAUUUAAGAACUAAAAAUGAAGUACCAGUGUUGAAAUGUUCAGAUUGGAGAUCUGGUGCUACUCAAGUCAAGUGGAAUUUCAUAAAUGAAAACAUUUUUGCUAGCAGCCAUGGCUCUAGUUUUUAUAUUUGGGAUUUGAGGAAUAAAGCACAACCUUUAUACAAUGUUCAGGCUCAUGAAGCCAAAAUUAAUGGUCUUGAUUUCAGCAAAAAAAAUGAACAUGAAAUAAUUAGUGCUUCAAAUGAUUGCACUGUAAAAUAUUGGAACUAUGAAAAUAGCGAAGAGCCAUUUGCGACAAUUCACACCACAUUUCCUGUUUCUAGAGCUCGUCAUUUGCCUUUUGGACAUGGCUGUGGUAUAAUGCCUUUGCGAGGUGGUCAUAAUUCAAUAUAUCUUUGCAAACGUCCGGUUCCCACUCCUGAAAACAAAGUUUUUAAAUUGGAAAAUCCUGUCCAUGUAUUUGAGGGUCAUAGACAACCUGUAUGCGACUUUUUAUGGAGAUCUAGAUAUCUAAAUGAUGACAUUUUGUCUUCUGAAUAUCAGCUAGUCACAUAUUCAAGAGACCAAAAAUUGAUACUAUGGCCGUUAAACAAUUCUACUUACACAAGGUUAUCUUAUUCCAGAAAUUCAAGUUAUGACAAUCAUGUUUUCAAUGGGAAAAAAAAUAGUAAAAAUGGCCAGUUUGAUUACAUAACUUACAUUGAUGAGCCUAUUGACCACACUAAUAAUUAUAAUGUUACACUUGAGAAGAUUAGGAAAAAUAAUAUAAAUUUGAAAUGGAUUUCGGGAAUCAGUGUGGGAAAUAAUUAUCUUGGUGAAGAAGUUAGUCAUGUUGCAAGUAUGUUGAAAAGUAAAAUAAGAUUUGAACAUAUAAAUAUAUUAAAAGGUAUUUUGACAUUUUCCUUAAAUUCUCCAAUCCCUUCGAAUGCCAAUACUUUGAUGCCUGAAAAAGACGAAAAUGAAAGAGACUAUCUGUUUUUGCGAAUUAGUUUCAAGUUUCCCAAAACGUAUCCUCGAAAAGGUUAUCCCAAAUUUUUUAUUGAAGAUACUAAAGAAAUAGAUCAUCAAAACCUACUUGAUAUAAGGGAAAGAUUAGAUGUAAUUUCAAAAAAGUAUACUCAAGAGUAUUCAGUCUGCAUUGAACCGUGUCUAAGAUAUCUUCUUGGGUUUACUGUUUCUUUGGAAGAUAUGAAUGAUACUGUUACAAAUCCUGAUAUCAAUAGAGUGGAUGACGAAAUUAAUAGCUUUGCCAACGAUAAAUAUCAGUAUAAAGAUGAUAAUGAUUUGGAUAAUGAAUCUGUAAGUGAUUAUGAUGAGAUUAAUCCCAAAUAUGAUAUAAAUCGCCUAUUGGAAAAUGUAAAGAUUCCUAGUCCGAUUAAAUCUGCGGGAAGAUGGACUGCAUCAAAUGAGUUAGUAUGUUUUAACAAUUUUCCCGAUGAUAUAAUGGUAACAAAAGUUGAUGGUUAUAUCAUGAAAACCAACAAAUCCAAAAUGAGCUACCAACUCAAAACCGUGAAGGUUAAAAAUGAACUGUUAUCUCUGUUUAAUAAAGACAGUGGUUUGGAAUCAGAAUCAGAUGAAGUUGAUGAUACUGAUUUGAGGAAAUAUUGGAAAGAUAUGUGUGACUUAGAUACUGGAUCUAAUACUGAUUUAGGAUUUAUGCAAGCAAGCGAGGGCAUGAAUCAGUUCAAUUUUUAUCCUAUUGUUGGUGGGAUUCGUGCUGCCACAAAUUUUAAUAACAAAACAAUUGAGACAAAUAUCAAAGACAUUAUUGGAAAGGUUGAUUUUUCUCAUUUGAUUCCAAGUAAAAAGGAGUUAGCUCAUAAUUAUAGAUUGUUGUUAGAAGAUUAUUCUGCUGAUAAAAUAGCGCUCUAUAAUUCUUUUGUAACAUCUCAUUAUGAAUAUGAUGAACUAAGCGAUGCAUGGAGAGCAAUUCAUGUUGCCUUAAUGAAACAUCCUCAGGCUAAUAACAAAAAAAUCGAAAUGAAUGAUGAUUUACAAGCAUUUGAUUGGGAGUAUUAUUCAAAUUUCACCGAUGAGUUGGUGCUCGACUUAUUUAGCUAUUUUUGCCGAACAGAUAAUGUUCAAAUGUUUGCAAUGAUGAGUUGUUUAUUAUAUGUAAAUCCAAAUUUGAAAACAUGGAUCCCAAAUGAAUUUCCAUGUCAUUUUCCUUAUACUAAAUAUCCUGAAAAUAACAUUGCAAAUUCUUUCUCAAAUCAAGUUACUGACGAAAGACAGUCCAACUUGGUUUCCAUUUACGAUUCAAGUUUAAAUGCACAAAGACUGGAUGUUUCAAACAAAACUAAUGCAGAUGAUAGUUCAACUGAGGAGUUUACGAUAAUGAACGAAGAAUCAGAAAACAACAUACCCACUCUUGCCAAAAUAGAUUCUAGAUUUUCUGAUGAGGAAACCUUCAAAAAUAAUCCUUAUUAUUCAAACGAAUAUUUUGAAAUUUUAGAUUUUCCAACAAUGAGAUAUGAGACUUUUGUGAACAACCCUAUUCAUGGGUAUCAAGAAUCUGUACCAUUACUAAAUCCGAAAUUGAAUUUUUAUUAUGAAUAUUUCAGAAAAAAGUAUUCUGAGAUGUUGUUUUUUUGGGGAUUUCCAAUCAAAAAGCAAGAAAUCUUAAAAUACAAUUAUCCUAACAUUACUUUGGAAGAAACAUUAAAGUCCAAAGAGUUUGAAUAUUUAAAGGUUGGCUAUGAUUAUUUUGAUAAACAUCCAAAUUUGGACUGCGUUUAUUGUGUCAUGCCUGUUAAAAACCAUUCUUUUAUUUGCGUUAAAUGUAACCACAUAAUGCAUUCACAUUGUGCUAUAGAAUGGUUUAAUGAAUAUAGUGAGAUAGAGUGCUCUUCAGGUUGUGGUUGCAAGUGUUUAAUCUGA